CCAGAGGAAGGAUGAGGAAUGCCGAGGAGAGGGACGGGAUGGAGGGAGAAGCCUCCAGCAGUUCCAUGAUGUCCGGGGCGAGCAGCCCCUACCAACCCACCACCGAGCCGGUGCUGCGGGGGGCGGCGGGGGGGGGGGGGCGGCUCGGGCUCAGGUGCGACACCGAUUACCUGCGAUCCGUCUUCGGGCUCUUCAAGAUUGUGCAAAUGGUGCUGGCGUUGAUCACCUUCAUCUGUAUAGAGACGGUGGGGGAAUGCUCCCCCUGUGGCGCCCUGUACCUGUGCGAGUUUGUCAGCUGCACCGCAGCCACCGUCACUGGGGUCUUACUGCUCAUCUUCAGCCUCAACCUGCACAACAGGGUGACUCAGCUCAACUGGAGCCUGAUCGAUUUGGUGAACACUGGAGCCAGCGCUGUGUUCUUCUUCAUCGCCUCCAUCGUGCUGUCGGCCGUGAACAACCGGCAAGCUGGAGAGAUCGCUGCUGCGGUGUUCGGGUUCCUGGCUACGGUGGUGUAUGUGGCAAACGCCUACCUGGGUUUGAGGAUCUGGUGCCUGGGCUUGCGGCGGCAGGCGAGUGGCCAGGCCAGCGAAUACACACGCGCUCGCUCGGAGUCCCGGGGAGAGGUGGACGCCAGGCCAGAGAUUCAGCGGCUCGAGGGCUGAGAGAGAGAGCGACGCCACACGUGUCGUUCUGCGCUGGACGCUUAGGGAGUGAAUCGUCUUCUCACAUGUAAACCCUCCCGGUUGCUGUGUGUGCACCGCAGGAGGCGGGUCAGUGACCGGCCGAGGCCGUCUCCCGUCACAACUGACCCCAUGCCGUUUGCCACGACAUCUUUCAGUCUAGAUGCCGCGAGCCAUUGGCUGGGGCUGAGCCCCAGCCCUGACCCGUCUCCGUCUAGACUCUUUCUGACUUCCUGUCGCUGCCGUCCACCAGCCACUCGCUGUCUGUCACCGAGAAACAAACCCAGUUAUUUAUUAGCGAUGAAGUGACGAGCUGCUCGCUAGAGACUGAGACUGAUCCGGAGAUGGCUGGCUUGUAGCUGGGGAGGGCCGGGGGUCAGAGAGGGUACCCCCAGCCUUGGCCUCUCACUCUCUUUCUCUCUCUCACAUGCCCGUCCCUCUCUCUUUGCUUUGCUCCUUCCUUGAAAAUCCAAAACCUGGUGUGUUUUUCAUUUUGCUUUGUGCUGAGACGGGAGCUGGUGAUUGUUCUCCCACUCAGGGUAGGGAUGGGUGGAGGGUGAGGGUGGCUGGAGGGCCGGCAAAGGGGUAACUCCCCUCAAGAGUUUUCACUGAGGUAAAAAUCAUGGCUUGAUUAUAAUCUUUACUUUGUUUGAUACAGCACCCGUCGUGCCUGGAGGACGUCUCAGAGCACUUCAUGGCAUUCACUGUAAAGUGUAGUGACUGUGUUUUGAAGGCGAGCGCGUUUUUUAGUGAAUGUGAUUUUAAGAGUGUUUGGACGUCUGGGGUGUGGAGUCACUGCGGUUCUGCUCUCCUCCAGGCUUGGUGACCGCGGUGUUUCAUCCCACUUUCCUCUUGGCACCGGAACAAUCUGUGACCUCCUGUCCUGUGUCUGAAAUCUGUAUUUUUGUACGUAAUGAAAUGGCUUCGUGAAUCAGAACGUCAGAGAAAUAAACCGUGAUUUGAAGUGUC